GCAAGGUUAGUUGAGUGUUGUUGAUCGGAAAGAUACAAGGACAAAGUACUAUUUUCCUUUUGGAUAAACCAUAAUCAUGUUAUACUAUGAGGACACGAUUAAGAAAAUGCUCCCUAAGACAUAUCUUCGCAAAUAUGUGGCCCAUGAAAUAUACAUUGCACUGACUCACUUCAAAAACCUCGAGCCCAUGAUGGAUAAAUAUGUUUACAAUGAUGGAACCACAAAGGACUUGAUGAGUCUAACCGGAACCAUUCCCGUCAUGUUUGGAGACAAGACCUACAACAUCCCAGUAUGCUUAUGGAUUGAGGAAAGCUACCCCCAAACUGCUCCCAUAUGCUAUGUCAGACCCACACGUGAGAUGGUGGUCAUCAAAGGAAAGUAUAUCUCCAACAAUGGUGAAGUCCUGCUGCCUUACCUGGAGGAGUGGAAGAAUGGCGAAUGUGACCUAGUGAGCCUUCUACAGGUAAUGGUUGCUAUGUUUGGAGACUUCCCCCCUGUAUGCAUGCAACCUGAGCUUGAACAAUCCUCUUGUUGGCUGCAGUUCCAGAGACAUGCAGAAGUACUUUGGAAGACAGAUGGAAGUUUGCAUCUGUAUCUAUCCAGAGAAGAUGACCAACCUCCCCAGCAAGAAAAUGAAACCAACUGUUAGCCUUUUGUGGCCCAAUAAUUUGUGUAAAGGUUGUUUGUGUGUUGCCUGUGAUGAGGUGUUUUAUCCCGUGCCAGUGUCAGAUGGUAUCCAUUGAUUAUUUUAUGUUUCAUUAAUUAAUCUUUUCAGACAAAUAGCAUCAUGCUUCAAACUAUUUACACUGUAAAUGUCAAGCGGCACCAGAUAAAAGCAUACAGAUUGUGUUUGGUGUGAAUGUAUUGCCUUCUUUUAAUUUUUUAUAGAAUUUGAAAUGUUUUCCAUACAAUGAAUAUAACAAACUACUUUGGGAUUUGAACGUCUCUGUGUGCAACAGACUCAAAUUGCUUUACAAGCAGCUCAUAAAACUAUA